CCGUUGAUGCCUUUCUUUUAUUAGCCCUACUCCGCCAUGUCUCUCAAUGUCUCCAAUUUCUAGAAAUAUAGCUGUAUCAUUGGGCGCGUGUUAGUACCUGCACUAGGUCUCCGUACAAUACGAUAUGCAGCAACACUGACCCUACACAUGUAACGCCAUUCGUCGUUCCACCUCGCAAACUUGACCUGAGCUGCCGGCUACGCGUUCAGCAACGAGGAAUGAUGAGAGCUCCAUUGGUAAUCCACAAGAAAUCUCUAUUCCAGUAGAGAGAAAAGAUUAGGAAAUAGUGAAAAGAGCGAUUGGGCAUGUUCGGGUUGACCACGACACUUUCGGUUUUUGUCUUCCAGAGAUCUUUGAACGAGACGAGGAAUAUCCAGGGUCUGUUCCGCCCAGAACCAUUCACCGCAACUAUCACGACGGUGAAUCGGUCACGAUGAGUGUUGCACCUCUCCCCGGGAUUCAGCCUAUCAUUAUGUCGCGGCCCCAAAUCGGCAUUGAGCGAUUACCAAGUCGCCGCAUGGGCAACGAGCCACGAGAAGCAAUGAAUUGCAAGUCAUGUCGGAAGCGGAAAAUAAAGUGCAAUCGAUUACGUCCGUCCUGUGAAGCUUGUCAAGUCUUCCAGUGUCCUUGCGUAUAUGAUGCAGUACCAAAGAAACGAGGGCCGAAGACAGAUGUGUUAGAAGCCUUGCUAAAGAGGGUAGAUGGUCUAGAAGCUCAGCUCAAAGAUCGCAGACAGUCAGAUGCCUCACCAACCACAGGACAACCACAGAUUACCAUAGAGGAAACGCUCUCUGAUGUUGGGUCUGCGAUUGCUGAGCAAGCCUCAGAGCCAAAAUCGAAACGACCAGCUCUCGACAAUGUCCGGACAACGGAGAUAGCCGCAGAGUCUGCAAUAUACUCUCCUACAUUUAGCAACGAGCCCUCCACCCCUAGCAUCCAGAUAGAUGCAUUUAUUGAUACUUACUUCAAUCGGUUUCACGCAAAACCUUAUCACAUUCUUGAUGAAUCGUCAAUACGACAACGUUUACAGCUUAACCAAUUACCCAGUUAUCUCAUACACGCCAUCUACGCUGUGGCUGCGAGAUACGCAAGUUAUCCCACCGGGUACCAAUCUGCGGUUAAAUUAAGCGAGGAGUAUGCUUUGCGAUCUAGGAAUGAGAUUGAUACGGAUGAGCCAUCAAUUGAUGCACUCCAGGCACUCCUUCUCCUUGUCACCGCGUUUACCGCAGCCGGCAAGGGGAAGAAGGCCUAUAUGCUCCUGACCACCGCCAUUGGCAUGGCCAUGGCCCUCGAGUUACAUCGAGAGGUUGAUCGACAGGCACGUGUUACGGUAGUUGAACGUGAAGUAAGAAGACGGCUAUUUUGGACCUGUUACGUACUCGAUAGAUUCAUGGCUUGUGGAUCCAAGCGUCCAUGUAUCAUCAGCGACAGAACAAUACUCCUGCGCCUACCAUGCUGGUCCCCUGGCCCAUCCGCUUUACCGGUUGAAGGUGAUUUUUUCCAAAAUGGAUCGAACCUCCAACACAUACAAGGAAGUGGGAGGAAAUCACAGGGAAGUAGUGGUAUGCUCAUAGAUAUCAGCCGGAUCCUGGGAACAACGAACAAAUAUCUAGCUGCCGGCGGUGUCAAGGGCGACUCACAUUUCCCUUGGCAUGCUCUCUCCGAGCUAUCUAAGAUUCGACAGGACCUCGACAUUUGGGCUUCUGGAACUGACGAUGUUUUCUCGAGCGUAGAUACCUUAUUUGGACAACCAGACUCGACGGUCCUUGUCCUUAGCAAACUUGUCUACCAUUUGAUUCACUGUCUCAUAUAUAGGCCCUUCCUACCCAUUAACCUGGCAGAACUCGCUGGAACCAGCCAACACCAAUCUUGGCAAAUAGAGGCGACCAACAUAUGCUUCUUACACGCAAAUGCGAUUGCCGAGCUGGUCGAACUCGGCAAACAGAUGGCCUCUAUCGAAUGGCCUGCUUUUGUCGGAUAUUGUAUUUGUACUGCAGGUACAGUCCAUAUUCACGGAGCACAUUAUAGUAAGAGCGGAGGAGGAGAAAAUAUGAGUGUGCUUUCAUCUUCGUCUGAGUUUUUAUCCCGAGAACUGCACCAGCUCGGCGAACUCAGCUAUACGUGGGCUAGCGUUCUGCCUCAACGCGAUACCUUGCAAAAUAUCUACAACGCCCACGCCGAAUUAGUCAAGGGCCUCGCAAACAACUCGAUGCGGUACUCUCUGGCUUUCAAUCUCGGGGAGGAUUUCUUCGACCGUUACUCGAAUAUCAGCAGGCCGGGGGGCUGCCCAUUUACGUUUGAUGCUGCGAACUUGGGAUUGUUAGAUGCCGUCGUCGAAUUUGCCUCAGAUGCGUACACCGGACACGACUUGUACGCGCCCCGCGUCCACGCGGACUCGGGCCGGUCUAGCUUCAAGAGGAAGAUCGCUGGCCGGAGACGCUCGGAGAUGAGGAGCCUGACGCCGGUGAAUACAACGCACAACGGCCCCCUAUCUUCCGGCCUCCCCACGCCCACCGCCCAUCCUCGCCACUUCUCCUUCUCGGCCGUCCAGAGCCCUUCGUCGUCGAUGCUCCAGGCCUCUAACGCGCUUCCCUCGCACGGCACCAACGCGGCCCAAAUGGUCCAACGUAAACGCGAGUCGAUGGACGACCAAGCAAACGCCGCCGCUGCCGCGGCGGCGGCGGCAGCGGGUUUCGACUCGGUGUCGGACCACCACCAGGCCCAAGCCCAAGCCCAGCAACAGAUGCAGACGAUCAACGCGGCCGCGCCCUUCUCCCCGUCGUACCACUACGCGACGCCCAGCCCGAGCGGCGACAACGAGAGCAGCCUCGGGGUCGGGGUCGGGGUCGGGGUGGCGAGCGCCUACGACCCGAUGUUCGGCACGGUGCCGACGAACACGUUCUCGUCGCCGACGCCGUGGCACGGCGGUACCGGCGCGAACGGAAGCGGGGAAGGCGACCACGCGCCGAGCCCCGGCGCGGGAAGCACGUCGACGACGACGACGACGAGCGGCGCCGGCGAGGAGAAGGAUCCGUUCCUCAGCUUGCUGGAGCAGCUUGCCGAGAGCGAGCAUGCGAUCGGCCAGGGGAAGGAGAUUGAUUUUUUCUUGGCUGGGGCGCAGGGGUGAAGCGAGGUGAGGGUGGGGGGUUUACGUGCUUGGCUACUUAGGUAUCUAUGGUACAUGUUAAGGCAUACGAUACGGGACUUAAAACUUAAAGGGGUGGCGGGAGUGAUUUUGUAC